GCGACCUUGAACGGCUUGAUUAGAGGCGGUCAUUCCGUAUUUCAAUUGCCGUGGGUUGGUUGAUUUGCAUGAGUAUCAAUUUUUUUCAUAUAUAAGUCAUCCUAUGCUACAUAAAAAGCACGAAAUAAAUAGCAAAACCAUUAAUUUAGCGUUCUCUGUUUUGUAGUGUGCACUUUGGCUCUGUUGUUGCUUUGUUAUUUGAUCUUUGAUCCCAACAAUUGUAGUAAAGCUAAACGAAAUGUCAAGUCACAGGUAAAUCUCAAGUAUUUGUAGUAUUUCCUUGGGUUAUUAUUGUUGCAAGGAAUAACUGUUUAAUAAUUAGUCAUGUCUGUUUUUAGUGCUUCAUCCUCAAGUGACAUUUCAGUCGACCUAACCUAUGCCUUUCGAAGUAUGAUACUGAACAAGCGUUUCGUGUUGUGGGAUGAUUUUGAAAGUGCCUUAAAAGAGUUCCAAAAAACUACUUAUACUCGUUACAUCCACACAGAAAGCAGAUUGCUGAAGGAUGUCAGGUUCAGAUACCUGUUUGUAUCGUUUAAUUGUACGUUUGGUCACAAACGGAAAUCGGAAGGUUUGAAAGUGAGGCAAAAAUCGUCUAAAUUCCGUAAUUGUCAAUCUAAAUUCCGUGUAAGACUAGAAGAGCAAGGAUAUGUCAUCAAAUCCUACAAGAUGAUACACAAUCAUCCAUGUAGUAGUUCAUGGAUGGUAUGUGAUCCAUGGACAAGGAGAUUAUCGUCGGAAGAAAAAGAGAACUUGAAGCCCGUAAUACUUCACUGUGAGUCAGCAGACGAAGUUAUCGAAAGUAUUAAGGAGAGAACUGGUAAGCAAGUAACUGCUGCCGAUGUCAAAGCUAUGAAAGCUACACUCUCCACUGGUUGUUGUACUCGGAAGCAAGUAAUGGAUAUGCUUAGACAAAAAGGCGAAGUGAGGGAGCAUUUAGAAAAUGGAUAUGCGACGAGAAUAUGUUUAAGUAGUUAUAACCAAAUACAACUCUAUAGGAAAUAUCCAGAAGUCGUGUGCAUUGAUUCUACGUAUAAUACUAAUAAUAAAAAAUAUUCCUUAUUCCAGAUAGUGGUGACGGAUAUUUUCGGUCGAGGUCGAACUGUAAUGUCAGUACCUGUCACGUUAUUGGAUGGCACGUAAGACAAUGUGGGCCCGUGCCUUUUACGGUGAUGUUUUAACAUUGGGUAACAGCACGAAUAAUCGUGUUGAAUCGCUAAAUCGGCAAGUAAAACGAUAUGUACGAAAAAGUGACAGUCUGUACAAAUGUAUGUACAAGGCUUUAAAAUGGAGUGAAAUGAUGUCAACUAGAAGAAGUGUCGAAGAUCAAUUGAUAGCCGGAAGAUAUUAUAAAUAUAAUGCUCCACAACGUUUAAUACCCUUGCUAAAUAUUUUGACGCCAUUCGCAAGAUCUAAAGUGUUAUACGAGCUUAAACAAAUGCGUUUUGUCUACGUGGAAUAUGAAAGCGGCGACUGGUUGUUCAUGGUUGACCGUGGACAACAUUAUGAAGUCGAUAUAAGCAUUUGUCAAUGCAAUUGUAGCAUGUUUAUGAUGUGUCGAUAUCCCUGCCGUCACAUGCUACUUGCCUACGUUAAAAGAAGAAAUCUUACAGCUCAUCAACUUCUUAGGUAUUGUAGCAGAUGGAAGUUACACAAUACCCAGAACUUCCAAAAUUAUACAUUAACUGCAUUACCACGACGGAGUGAAGAGUAUGUAAGUAUUCAACGCAGCCAAAGAAUCCAUAAACAUCGCAUCAUUGAGAAGUAUGGUGAACGCUUCGCAACAGAAGUUGAGAAGAAAGUUGACAAUUAUUACUUAAGAAUUCUUAAUACCAACUUGUAAACUUGAUUUUCUGCUUUAGCAGCAAUGAUUCUUCAAUAAACUUUCAUAAUUUCAA